CUUCACAGGUUGUGUCUUCCUUUGUACUUGGGGAAAACUGGUAAUGGGCCUUGAAAAAGCAUAUUGUUAAUUGUGCUUUGUUUGCCUCAAAAUCAGUGAACCAUUACAAAGAGAGAAAUAUGAGUAGUGUAUUUCCUGCACAGAGGUCUCGUCCUCCUCCCAGCCCAGCCAUCAUACAAAAGAUGCUGGAUGAAAACAGUCAGCUGAUCAUGACCAUCAAUGACCUACAUUCCAGGGACAAAAUCCAGGAGAGCUUCCAAUACCAGAAUGCUCUGCAUCGAAACCUGGUGUACCUUGCUGCUCUUGCUGACCAUAAUCAAAAUAUACAGGCCCUCCUCCCUCCUCCUCAAAUGCCAGCUGGUAGUGGUCAGACACAAGCAAAUGAUACAAGUGGUUUCCAGCAUGUUUCAUAUCGUCCACCAGGUCCCCCACAGCCAGGCUCUGUGCAAAUGCAAGGCUCAACAGGUGGCCCACGGAUGUCAUCCCAAAUGUAUCGGCCUCCUGGUCCUACACCUCCUUCUGGUGCCUAUGGUCAGCAACAACAAGGUCAACCUGCUCCACCACCGCAACCACCCCAAUCUGGACAGUAUCCUACUAGUACAUCUGCUCCAUAUCAACAGGGUUAUGCUGGAAAUCCAGGUGGCCAGGCUCCUGGCUGUGUACCCAAUUAUGGCCAUCCUUAUGGGUACAAUUCACCAACACCUCCCGUGACUCAGAGUGGGUACCAGAGUUCAAGUCCUGGUCCAGCUUCAGUUACUGGAUCAGAACCUCAUCAUCCACCCCCCAGUGGCCCAAAUUAUUCACCCUAUCCUCCUAGCAGCCAGCCACAAAUGCAUCAAUCUCCUCAUCAGUUUCAAGGAACACCUCGUGGUCCACCUCCUAUGUCUGCUUCACCACCAAUGUUGGCCACUGGUUCAGGAGCAGUUGCAUCAGAGAAUCCCAGCCCUGCAAUCGCAACAACUCAAGCUCCCCCAACCCCGCAGGUCCCUCCACCCAGUUCAACACCUGUCUCCAUGCCUGCAACCUCAUCACCUCCUCCUACAAGUGUUAGCACAGUUAUCCCACCUAGUACCUCAACCCCCUCUGCAACUCCUUCCCCUAUCCCUACUUCUACUUCUCUCUCAGCUUCUGUUCCUCCUCCCACCCCUCCAUCUACUCCUCAGAUGUCUCAAAAUCCAGCUAUGCCCCCUCGUUCUCAAGCUCCAUCAACUCCCACUCCACCAACCAGUCAGAGCAACACCCAACCCCCUCCUGUACCCACACCAAAUACUCAAUACCAACCAUGUCCCACUCCACCUUCAUCUCAGCCCUCCCCUUAUCCACCUGUGUCCCAACCAAAUUCAUCCCCUCAACCUCCCUAUGUCCCAACUUCCCAAAAUAAUGCUUUUCCUCAGCAAGUCUCUCCUGCUCCUGCCCCAAGUGGACCACCACCAUCGCAAUCUGUCCCAACUUCACAACCAAUGGCCUACCCUCCACAGUCCCAAACAAAUGUUUCACAAUCAGUCCCAUAUCCCCCUGUUUCACAGCCACCAUCUUCCACAUCAGCUCCUCCUGUCCCUCAGUACUCAAGUCAGCCUCAGUAUCCCCCGUCAUCUAAUCCAAAUGCACCAUAUGGUCCUCCACCCCCACAGACUGGCCAAUACAUCCCUCCACCUCAGAGCUCACAAGCUGCUCCCUACCCUCCACAUUCCCAGAGUCAAUAUCCUACUCCUCCUCCAUCUGGUUCUUCUGGUUAUCCUGGCUAUCACCCACCACCAGGACAAGGGCCGCAGUAUCAGCAGUACCCUCCCAAUGCAGGAGCAGCUCAGUAUGGCAAUUAUCCUCCACCACACUCUCAGCCAGCUUACCCACAGCAGCAACACUAUGCUCAAAAUCAGCCCCCUCAAGGUUAUGGAACUCCUUAUCAGCCACCUCAAGGAUACAGUGGACCAGUGGCAGGACAGCAAUGGAGUCAACAGAAUUAUGCAGCAUACCCACCUCAGCCACCUCCAGUAUCUGCACCAGGUGGAACUGCUCCUCCACCUCCAUCUGGACAGUACUACCAAGGAUAUCAAAGGCAUCCACCACCUUCCCAGCACUGAGAGUUUUUGUUUUGAAUGAUCUUCCUUGACACAAUUGAAUUGUGAAGGCUUUAGCUAAAAGUUCAGUAUGCCAGUCAACUUCUUACCUACAGUAUCCCAUGAACUAUUGCUUGAAAUGAAGUUUCAAGACUUUACAAAGCAAGAAAA